AUGAGUACGACCAGCAAUACAAGUGCCAGCGCCAUGGACUGCUUCUACAUCCUGAUAAUCGCGCCCUACAAGAGCGAUAACAAGUACAUCAACCUUGGCGAUGCUUCUGGAUAUUCAAAGGUUAAGGACGGCGCUCGCGGGGCGCCUCUCGGAAUUCGGAUCCUCCGAACUUUCUUGGACAAUUUUGGUCUCAAAACCCAUGCUAUAUGCGCUGCACGCCGUUCUUAUACUCAUUCAUAUAACGCUCUUGGUGAUAUGCAAGUUGCAUAUCGAGGAGCGUAUCUUCAUCCCACUGUCGGAACAUUGGAUUGGGAGGACGUCGACUGCCAUGACGGUCGUGGCGACAGGCUUUGCAACACGCUGCUAGUGUGGCUCGCACAGCGGCACGCGAUGAGGUGUCUGCUUUUGGCCCCUACAAAAAAGGCAGCGGGAAUACACGAUGAGUUCAAUGCGUGGAUUGGCCUCGGCUCCGCCCUCUUGACGCUAUACAAGCAAUUCUCGACACCCACUGCCGCCGACAAAGGAUACCAUGCCCAGUCCUCAGAUGCGCAAAGCAUCCUCGGUGGCGCAUCGAGCUUGCUGCCGUUCCUCGCGAUUCAAGACUACGAGUCGACCAUUGGGCUGGUCAACGCUACAAUGUACGAUCGCCUCGCUGCCAACAGUGGCGCGCUCAACACCACCGUGAAUGCGACGACCUUUGACGUUACAUGCGGAGCGCUUGAGUCUUUGCGCGUCGUCAGCAACAAUACGGACCCCCACAGCGGCGAGGUGACUUCGUAUAGUGUCUCGCAUGUCUAUCCCAAUGGCACUCGGCAACGCAACAUCGAUCUGGCAUACCUAGCUCAGAACAAUACCAUGAUAUUCACCCAGCAUGACGUUUCGGCAAACAGGCACUAUAACGCGGAGAAUCGCAGCUUCUACGUCUACGGAACAUACGACAUCCAGGACUCGACAGGGCGACUCCUCCCUCAUCUCGAGCUACCGCAGCGGUUCAAUCACUCAAGGAACAUCUCUAUGAUUGGUUGCAAUAUAUACAGCUACAAUCAUACAAUCAAGGUCGAUACGCAGACGCGUUUGCCGCUAUCCGGUGAAGUUCCGAGCCUUCGCAAUACCUCGAGAUGGUUCAGCUGGGAACCGCAGCCGCUCAUCUCUCCGAUUGGGCUGAACAUCUUGGACUUGUGGACCAGGGCUUUUCGAGAGCAGUACACUACUUCCCUUUCGUUGUCUGGAACAGCCGCCAGCUCCGUCACUGGAAGUUCUCACCUCGGCUUCAUGGAAAGCUUCGUGAUGGCCAUCUUAAACCUCCAGGAAUCCGACUCGGAGGGAUACGUCAGUUCUGUGCCGCAUCUGCAAGCACGGGGUCGUGUCCAGCUCCAUGAUAUGGAGAACUCGCUCAGACGACUUGCAGCCGCCUACUUUUGGUCGUUCAACCAAAUCGACUCCAACAAUCGAUACGGCAUAGAACGCACCGCGACCGUAUCUAUCUCGAUUCCUCGACUAGUUCCACAACUUCAGCUCAACGAAUUACCUAUAUGCAUUGGUCUCGUCGUCUCGACAAUACUCGGAAUGACCUGCGUCUUACUAUCGCGGCGCUUGGGUCCAAAGAGGAAGGAAAAAGUACCCGAUUCCCUGGGUUUACUACAAUUCCUCUGGCUCGUCUGUUGCACUAUGUCAGAAGUCCAGCACAACGUCAAAGGUGUUGUCGAGCCGGACGAGGAUACUUUGCGCAAGGAGUGCGAUAAGACGAGGGGUGAAAACGUCGAAGGGAUCUCGAGCAGGGCCUCUACCAACGUUGGAGAGGGUUCGCCUGGCAAGACUGGCACACCGAAGGCGGCAAGGACUCCACCGGCUGCACCUAGCACUGCGACGCUGCAACCACCGGAGGAAAUCGCCAAAAGCACGUCGCGCGAAAUACAGCAGGAGUCAACUGCAGUGCCGAAAAAGAGAACCAAUAAUGUCGAACAGGACGACGAGCUUCUGUUACCAACGCUGGCUUGA